AAAUCACAUCAUGGCGGACGACCAACCCUCCUCGGAAGUGACAGAAGUACCCGAGCUAACAGAGAUUCCAGGCGAAGACGAAUCGAAGUUGGAUGGAACGUUUAUCGACCCUUCGAGCUGUCCGGAUGAAAUUUUGUCCUUGCUCAGUAGUGGGAUGUUGACUGGGUUGGACAAUGAUGUGUUGCGAGCGAUAUUGAGUGCUAAGCGCGGAGACCCGAACAAAUUCCUCAGCCUUUGGGAAGAUGAUGACGAGGGUGUGGAAAAUCUAUCACUGGAAGAAAUCCAGAGUGACCCGGCGAAGAAAAUCCUGUGGGCAGCGGAAAACAACAUGUUAGAAACCGUUGAGGAGAUGCUAAACGAAAGCGCCGACCUGAUAGAGAGCAGAGACAGUGAUAUGUACACAGCUCUACAUAGAGCUAGUUAUAACGACCAUCUUGAUAUGGUGAAAUUGCUAAUAUCUCGGGGAGCCGACAUUGAAGCUCAGACGUCAGAUGGCUGGAGACCUCUUCACAGCGCUUGUCGCUGGAGCAACACAACAGUUGCGUCCCUUUUGUUGCAGAGCGGCGCUGAAGUAAAUGCUCAGACUCAUGGCGGACAGACGGCGCUUCACCUAGCCGCAGCCAAUCAGGACAGUCGGGAAACCUUGCAGCUUUUAUUACUGGAUGAAACUAUACAACCAAACUUGAAAAACAGUAUCGGAGAAACAGCAAAAGAUAUAUGUCGACGAACAAGUGAACUGUGUAAGCUUUUUGAAAUGACAGAGGAUUGUGUAAAUAAUCUUUAUUGAAUCAGUGUGUACGUUGUAAUGGCACACAAUAUAAAGAUAUUGUCAGGACGGAAGCCUCUGUAUUUGUUUUGGUCAUAGAUCAAUGCAUUUUUCUGGAAUAAAGUCAUCGGUGAAAAAUAAAUGUAUGUUCCUGGAUUCACCGUUGU